AGUUGAACAGAUAAGCGAAAACAGGAGGUGUGUAACUCUCAUCUGUUCUGUUGUGAGAAGGACUGUCAGUGUUUCUAAGUGAACGGCAAAAGCAACAUUCAGAGAUGAGUUUAAGUGCUAUUCUAUCAGAGAUCGACGGUGGAGAUGACAAGGAGGUUGAAAAGCUUUUGCAGAAGUAUAACACAGAGAACUGCCACACGUUCGCUUUUGACCGCAAAGAGGAGGAUGCACGAAUUGAGUUGUGUCGGGGUCUUCUCACAGUUCUCCGCCGGUCAGAUCUUCCACUUUGCCAAAGCACCUGCCUAGAGACCCUGCGCAUCCUGUCCAGAGACAAGCGUGUACUUGGUCCCGUAGGCACCAGAGAGGGCAUCCUCACUCUAGCAGGGCUGGCCCGGAUCUGUGUGGCGGGACACGACGGAGAGCCAUUAGAGUUGGCGCAGUCAGCAGAGGAAGAGAGGGUUGUGGUGGAGGCCCUCAAGUGCAUGUGCAAUGUGGUGUUCAACAGCGUGCCGGCACAACAGGUGGGAGCUGACUUGCAGUUGGCGGAGGGCCUUUGUGCCUGCUUGCAAUCGGUCAACUCAUCCCAUCAUGAGGUGGGCCUGUUCUCCCUUCGGCUGCUUUUUCUGCUUUCCGCCCUGCGGACAGAUGUGCGUGGCACGCUUCGGAGGGAGAUGGGUGCAGUCAGGCUGCUCACUAACGUGCUGGAACGCACCCUCGACGUGCGUUGGGUGGGGCCAUAUGAGGCUGCGCCCCCUGAUCCAGAAGCCCCGCCUAUUUCACCAGAAAACAACGAUCAUGCCAUGGAAGCCCUUAAAGCACUGUUCAACAUCACUAUGUCUGAUUCGAGCGAUGAGGACAGUGACCACCAGCUUCGGCUCAUUGCAGGCAUCAUGAGACAUCUCCUAAUGCUGAAGACACACACUGAAGAUAAAACAGAGGAGGCUCACAGUCAUGCCAUAAAUCUCCUGAGUAACCUUCCCGUGCAGUGCCUGGAUGUUCUGAUAGACGUCCCUGUCCAAGGUGGAAUAGAAAAGUAUGGUGGGAAGAACAUGGACACAGUGCAGAUGCUGCUAGAUUUUAUGGAAAAGAGGAUAGACAAGGGUUCCAACUAUAAAGAAGGCUUGACACCUGUGCUGAGUCUGAUGACAGAGAGCUCGAGAUACCACAGGGACAUCCGCAGAUACUUCAAGGCCAAGGUGUUGCCUCCCUUGAAAGACGUGAAGGAAAGGCCAGAAAUCGGCUGCACCGUUCGAAACAAAUUGGUGCGUCUCAUGACUCAUAUUGACAUGGCAGUGAAACAGGGGGCUGCUGAGUUCCUUUUUGUGCUCUGCAAAGAGAGUGUGGAUAAUCUGUUGAAGUACACUGGUUAUGGUAAUGCUGCGGGGCUGUUGAUGGCACGAGGGUUGCUGGCCGGAGGUAGAGGAGAGACGCAGUACUCCUCUGAUGAAGACUCUGACACUGAUGAAUACAAGUCAGCCAAACCUUUCAUUAACCCCAUUACAGGUCACAUAGAGCACCCAAUGCCAAACCCCAUAGAUGAGAUGACAGAGGAGCAGAAGGAAUAUGAAGCCCAGAAGCUUGUCAGUAUGAUUGAUGAAUUAUCAAGGAAAGAACUGAUCAGACCAAUGGGAGUGAGGAGGGAUGGCACACUAGCGCCCCUAGGACAAGCUAUCCAUGAGUGCAGCCCACCACCCAGCAGUGACUCAGACUCAGACUAAACUGGAGUUCACCGAAACCCUACAGGCACCACUGCUGAUGGCUAACCGUCAGUCUUACAUUACAAACUGUUCCUUGCACAAGGCGAUACUUCAAUUACUUUUGUUGCACGAGGGGCAUGUCUUUUUCAAAUUGGGACAUAUAUGGUGAAGUCCAUAUUGAGCAGAGAGAGAUAAGAAACAGAAAUGUUUAAAUAGAUAUCUGGAUG